AUGAUGGAUCUUUACCAAGAUAUCCUAGAUGGAACCUUGACUGAGGCGAGGCUCCGCCAAUAUCUCGAGAAGGAUCGGACGGCUCUCGAGAAGCAAGGCCCAGGCGGCCUCACCCCACUGGGGGCUGCCACGGUGGCAGGGUACGCCGAUGGAGUCCUGUUGCUCCUCAACAGCGGAGCCAAAGCAGACUCUCUCUCGAAGGAUGGCGAAACACCUCUCCUCCUUGCUGCCUCGAAGACUAACCGGAAUCGUGCUCGGAUCAUCCAGUUGCUUCUCGCGAAAACACCGGCCAGCGCCAUUGACGCGACCAGUCCCUCAGCUGCUAACCAUACACCAUUGAUGUACGUUGUUCAGAAGAGGGAUGUCGAAUCAAUCAGGCUGCUACGGAAGGCCGGGGCAUCACUGACACUGACGAAUGAUGAUGGCUACAAUGCGGAUGACUUGGCCGCGAAGACGGACGAUAGGGUUGUUAAACGUGCGCUCAACCCAGAAAAGGAGAAGGUUGACUUUAAGAUGUUAGUUGACAUGGUCGUUGGCUUACUCCUCUUCAUUGUUGCCUGGGUGAACAAAGUCACCGACAAAGUCGUCCGCCGGAUGUACGGCCUCGAUAAUGACAUGGACGAUGCCUGGAACCAGCGUGUGAACGGGGGCGAGGUUACGACCACAGGCGAGUUCGUGGCAAAGGUUGACAAUGUGGUCAAGGACUCCCCCUUGGAGCGCUUCUUCGAGGGCAAGGAAGACUUUAUUCAAGAGGUUGCCAAGAAUGUGGUAGAGCUGGAAAACGAUACAAGCACGUCUCUCGGCCGACCCGACCUGCUGCCCAAGACCAUCAAGGUGUCUUUGCACCAACAGGUUAUCUAUUGCGGUAAGAGUCUCGAUAAUGCUCCGUCCCCCGCUUCUAGCGACUCUGACCAAGAUGGCAUAGAUGAUAGCUCCUCAAUGAAACGUGAAGGUCGCUGGGACUCGCAGAAAAACCUCGUCGAGCGCAUUGCCAGGAUCACCACGCGGGAGGUCUCCAACUCCACGAGCUUGCGCCUCAGUGGUAUCGGGAACAUCCUUGAGGGCAUCACGUGGGGAGGCGACACCGAGAUUGGCACGUACCUGAAAUCCAAGAUCCUCAAGCCGCUGGUCUAUGACAAGCUCGACUUGGGGCCGAAGGGGCUCGCGCGACCGCUUCUCAUCUCUAUCAUAACCGACGGUGGCCCUGAACCAGAACCAUACAAUACCCUCAGGGAUACCAUUAUGGAAUGCCGCCAAAAGCUAGAUGCGGCCAAAUAUCCUCAGGACAGUGUGAAGUUUGUGAUUGGGCAAGUGGGGACAUCCAAGCCUGCGACACAGUUCCUGGCAAGCAUCAGAAACAGCACAGAGAUCGCCGAUAUGGUGUAUUGUACUUCAGAGCAACUGGAUGAAAGGUUCAAGAAGGAGCGUGAGAACGAUGCGAAGCUCGACCGAUGGCUGAUUGAGACGCUGUUCGAGCCACUCAAGGAUCGGGAACUGAAGCUGAAAGAGUAG